AUGAUGAUUUCCCAAGAGAGAGAAGAGAGCGCUUCCAAGCGAGGCUCACGAGAAGCGCCUCCCAAGCUCAGCGCCGUCGACGUCGAUGAGCCAGGUUGCCCUGGCCUCUGCGGCUGGCAACUCCGCAUAAUGACCAAAUUCCCCCGCCGCGCGCCCCAACUUACCCCUGUCAAUCGCUCCACACAAAAAGAAUACGGAAGAUGGGAGCAGGUCAGUCAGGGAGAGCAACAACGCCGAACCGCCGAGAGCCUAACUCGACCUAACCAUCGAGGAGGGUAUAUAUAUAUAUAUAUAUGUGUGUGUCAGGGUAGACAAAGGCAGACCGCAACUGCGGCGAUGAGCUACUAG